AUAUCACAUUAACAGCACCGCCUGAAUAUAAACAUACAAUCAUCCCCAAAAGCAUCCACCUCUGCAUCAAUCGUCGAUGGCGAAAGUCGGCAGCCUCUUCAUGACGGUUCUCCUCCUUUUCUUCAUGCUAAAAUGCGCUGCUCGGCCGACCAAGGAUACUUCUCCGGUGACAACUCCACAACUCAAGGAUGUUGAAGUGGAGGGGAAAGAUGAAUGGUUGAUGAGGAAGACAUUUGAUGAAGCUCAUCUUGAUUAUAUCUACACCCAAGAACUACCCCAUUCCAAUCGCCAUCAUCCUUAAAACUUUUUUUCCUUCAUAAAUUUUGCGAUCUAUGUAAUGCGAGUAGACGAUCAAAUACAAUUUUAAUGAAACUAGAACUUAUCUUCGUUGUGUGUGUAUCUUAUCUUUACAGAUUCAGAAAUUCUUAUAAGUUUGAGUACAACCUACAGAAACAUGGACUGAAAGAAAACCUAUACACUUGUUGCGUCGAGAUUCCACCUCUGAAAAAAUGAUGACCAUAUUACCCCUUUGAUGCUUUGACUGCGAAGUAGUCUUGGUGGAAUGUUCUGGAAAGAAUCGGAAUCGGAUCAUUGAAUUUGGAUAUGUAGGAAUUUGAAUGUUGUCAUGCUUUUGGCUGGAAGAAAAUGGAAUGGAAUUUAACAAGAACAAUAUGCGAAGAAUUGAAUUCCAUGCUUUUUAGGAUAAAAUAUUGAAAUCCAUUGCUUAAAUGAUUUUAUAAUUUCCACACAAUUCAAUUCCGAAGCUGUAAGGCUGCAACCAAAUAGGCAAAUACAUGAUUGGAAUGGAGUUAAAUUCCAAUUCAUGCCAAAGAGGGAAAAGCACACUUGUUUAAUUCUAGGAUUAAAAGGGUAUUUAAGUAAUUUUAACAAAGAGGAUAUGUUUGGAAUAAAAUUUCAUGGGUUUUAAGAUAUUGGAAUGGAAUGUUGAAGUCCAUCCAUCGGACUUUGUAAUUCAAUUCCAUACUCACUUGCAACCAAAACACAUUUGGGAAUGGAAUAUAUUUCCAAUUCAUGUCAAAUCCAAUCUUGCGUUUGCUUUUUAGACAUUUUUGGCAGGAAUUGGGAUGAAUCCAUGAAUCCACAUGGAGAAAGGAGAGGCGAAAUGCCCUUGGGGUGAAAGGGGUAUUUGAGUAAUUUUAACAAUGACAAACCAAACAACCCCCCUCAGAUAACCUUGGAUCUUAUUGGCAGAGUACAGUCAUCAUCCUCAAGAUCACUAAAUGAAAUGUCAUCAUGGGCUCCAACAGGAACAUCAACCCCAUAAUUAUUAUAUCCAUCUAACUCUGAAUUGUUUUCAUGUAUCCAAUCGUCUUCAUCAUCACCAAAACUCUCAAUUGAUGGAACCCCUUCAUCAUCACCAAAACUCUCAAUUGAUGGAACCCCGCGACCCUUUGUCUCAUACUUCUCCACAACUGGUUGUUUCCCAGCUGCAACUGUGUGAUGAGUUGUGGAAACAAAGUCCGAUGACGUGGCACUAAAAUCUUGAUGACAAUUCAAUGUGUGGGAAGUAUUUCCCUCCAAAAAAUCUGGUUUCGACUUCAUCUCGAUUUGCAACUCCUUCAUCCACAUAGCCCG